UCAUCCUCGUAUAGAACAGAGAAAGUGUAUUCGUGGAAACGAACUGCCGCUAGCAUUUGUAGAUUACCGACACAUCGGGUAGGUAAGGGUCCGAGCUGCACUUGGCAGGCAUUGCGUUGCGUUGCAGCUACGGACGGAAGAUCACCGUCUUUAUAUCAUUCAAUCUCCAGUCCGGCAUCCCACCCGCCUUACCCCAAUCUUCCUACACAACUCUCCAUGUCGUCUACAGGAGGAGGCUGGGCGCAACUGCGCCAACAAGCUCGCGCUCUCGAAACUCAGACAGAGACACUCUUCCAUACAUAUUCACAAUACGCCUCCACUCCCAACAUACCCACAAAACCCUCCGAAGAAGAGCUCCGAACAGAAUCACAACUCCAAGAUGUCCUCGCAAAGCGAGACACACUUGUCAGCCAACUCUCCCGCCUCCUCGACUCCGAAUCCACACAUUCCUCCUCCGCCGUAAAACAAAACAACCUCGCGCGUCACCGCGAAAUCCUCUCAGACCACCGCCGCGAGCUUUCCCGGCUAAAGUCCACAAUAACAGACGCCCGCAACAAAGCCAACCUACUAUCCAACGUGCGCUCCGAUAUCGAUGCCUACCGUUCCGCCAAUCCAGCUGCAGAGGCGGAGUAUUACCUUGAUGAGCGCAGCCGCAUCGAUAAUUCGCACAACAUGGCCGACAGUGUGCUGAGCCAGGCCUAUGCUGUCAACGAUAAUUUUAGGGUGCAGAGGGAGACGCUGGCGAAUGUGCAGCGCCGCAUUACCGGGGCGGCGAGUCAAGUCCCGGGGAUCAAUAGUCUGAUAGGCAGGAUCGGAGCGAAGAAGAGGAGGGAUGGGAUUAUAUUGGGGGGUUUUAUCGCCUUCUGCUUCCUGAUGUUGCUUUGGUUCAGAUGA